AUGCCUCCUGUCCCUGCUCUCGGUCGACCACUGGCCAUCAUCAUCGGAUGUGCCCUCGCCUUCCAACUCUACCUCUUCUUCUCAAGCAACUCAUCCUCAAAUGACUACCGACCAGAGGAUCUCGACCCCACCCCGGGCUCAUCCGACCCUGCUUCAUCACGAUGGGACGACCCCGGUAGGAACCGUCACCCCACAGUACCGCUGACCCUCAAGGACUUUAGCGCCCUCGACACCCUCGCCGAUACCAUCGUCAAAGCCGAGGCCUACAGAGUCUUUGAGGACAAGUCUGCAAAAAAAAUUCAUGGAUCCGUCAUCAAGGGCGACGCUGCGGUGGUCCAAAAGGUCCGGGAUCAGAUCCGUUGCUGGACAACCUAUGGCUCCUGGCAGAGACAGGAUCAGGAGUUCACCCCUCUCAAUCACUUGGGCGACUCUCGUUUCGCCAAAUGUGACAAAACCUUCAUGAAGGCGCUAGAUCGGGAAGGCAAUGGGCAUUACCUCGGCGAGUUUGAUCAUACACACGACCGUUUUAUGGUCCGAGAGGCAGUCAAGUACAGGUGGGUCCCUGAUAUGGCCAAGUGUGGACCUGGACCUGGAACAAUGGGAUUGCAGGACGAGAGAGCCGUCUACGAAGCCUUUACUAAGCCAAAGUUCUGUGAGGUCAUGGAUGAGCGCAACUUCUUGGUCGUGGGAGAUGUCACUCAGUACCAGCUUCAUGAUGUGAUUGCCUCAGCCUUUAAGAGUUCCUUUGUCUGCUACGGAGAGCUCGGUUGUCUUCACCAUUCGUCGCAUGGACUAUGCAACGGCGUCGCCCUCAAGUACGCCAGAAACGAUUUGCUGUCGGUCCCUUGGGCUGUUAACCCUGAGGAUGAAGAGUUUCCUAGCGCCUCGACUGUUGAACAGGCCUGGGCAACGCCAGACAUGUUGCUGAAGUACAAGAUCUUGGUCCUUAACCGCGGAUUGAUCUGGAGACCAGAUGAGGUGUUUAUGUCUGAGCUGGUCUUUACGAUGAAGCACCUCUGGAAGUACUACCCCGACACCAUGGUCAUCUACCGCGCAACCCACCCAAUCUCGGCUAACUGCUCCCAGUUCAAGAACCACGGGGAGGACGAGGCUGUUGCCAACAAGGAUGGUGACUCGGAUGCAGAGGGAAUUACUAUCCAGAAGCCACUCCAGACGGCGCCUAAGAGACAGGAGGCAGCUGCUGGUGAAAAGCAAGAGUUCCGCCCAACGCUGGCCGAUAUCCAGCGUCAAAACAGGAUCGCCAGGGUGAUUGUUGAGGCAGCAGGUGGAAUCUAUCUGGACACGGAGAACAUGUUUGCGCUGAGACCCGAUGGUCGCAUGGGCGAUGGCGACUGUGCUCGUUUCUGUGCUCCCGGACCCUUGGAUGCCUAUGGCGACCUGCUCUAUAAUACCAUUCGUCUCCUCCGAGACAAGUCUGUCAACGCCGUCUAG